AUGGCGAACCAAGUCUGUAAAAUUGGCUAUAUCGGUCUGGGAAAUGCAGGAUAUCCUCUGGCUUCGUUGCUUGCUCGGGCAGGAUACGAACUUGUAGUCCAGGAUGCCGAUGCAGGUCGUGUCUCGAAGUUUGUACAGGAGCACAAAACAUCCAGGGCCGCCAGUCUUUCAGGGUACGCAUUCCGAGAUGUCGACAUUUUGAUCACGAUGCUUCCAAAUGGCGAAAUCGUGCGAGAUGUGCUUCUGGGCCCAGCAGGAAUAGCUAAGCACAUGAAGAAUGGUGCAAUCAUUGUCGAUACAUCUUCUUCAUCGCCUUACCACACUCAAGAGACUGGGAAGCUGUUAGCAUCGACCAAUCCAGCCCUGACUUUGAUCGACAGCCCAAUAACUCAAGAAUACGCAUUUGCUUUGGCGAAAGGAGACGCAACUCUGAUGGUCGGCUGCUCCGAUACGGCGGCGCUUCAGUUGGCCAUGCCAUUCUUGAAGAUAAUGGGAAAGCACGUCUUUGUAAUGGGUGAACUAGGAUCCGGACAUGCGAUGAAGACGCUCAACAAUUUUACAUCUGGGGCAAGCAUUCUCGGCUUAUGUGACGCACUGUUGGCAGGUCAGAAGUUUGGGCUGGAUCCGGCACAGAUGGUAGAUGUGAUGAACGUAGGUACUGGAGUGAAUUUUAGCACAAAAGAGAGUUUCAAGACCGAUGUGAGUCGUAUCGUUUUGCGAUUGGAGUCUCUUUUCUGGUAA